CUAAACAAAUUUUAAAGAAUUUUGUGAGUGUUAUUAAGUGUUUUCUAACCCUUUUGUUCAAAGUGUGGAUACCCUUUGCUAUGCUUUGUCCACCCACCAUGCGUCCCGCCAGUCCAGCAGAAUCUGAAAUUUCGGUGGGCGGUGCACCCAGCCCUUUGCCCCAAACACAAAACCGCACCGCCAUCGAUUUAUUGCAUCAUCAACAACAGUUAAUCAUACAACAUCAACAUGCCGUAGCCGCCGCCGCUGCUGCUGGCUUAACACGUGCCGCUGCCGUCGGUAAUAUGCCUGAGGAAUAUUUUCAGCCUCUCAAACGUCUAAGAAUGUCCGACGAUAGCGAAUGUACUAAAGAAAGAUCUCCCAGUCCGGUGCAACUGCAAAAUUCCAACUCAAAUACCGGCAAUACAAAAUCAAAUUUGGAGGGUGUGAAAAGUUUUUCCAUAGCCGAUAUUUUGGGUCAUGAAAAACGUGAUAGCUCUUCAGUGUCGCCACCACCCGCCUCUCAGAGAUCUUCUUCAGGUCUAUUACAGCCCCGCACCGAGCCUUUGGAUAUAGUGACGGGCUCUCAUCCCGCAGCCAUGUUAUUACCCGGUUCUGCUCAUGUGGUAAGACCCUGGGAUCAUUUAUUAGGUCCCAUGCCCGUAAGACCAUUCAUACCAUCCGCCCUUUUACAUUACGAACAAAGAUUGGCUUUGGAUUAUCACCGCCAGCUGCAGGAACAUUUCAAUGCCCAGGCUCAGCUUUUGCGACAUAUGAACGGCAUGGAUAUUAUACCCUCGGAGAGUGGCAGUGAGCGUAGCAGUUCAGCGGCUAGUGAUUGUUGUUCACCGGAAAUUAAUCGCUCUUCGGGUGAUUUACACACCAGACAUUCUCCCCAAUCUUCACAAGAAAGAUCUCAACAUAAUGGCAGUGGUGGUGGUGGUGCGAAUGGCUCCAAUGCAUCCGGUAAUAGUUCAAAUAGUGCGGCGGCCUCUUCGAGUGGCGGCAAAACAAAACCAAAUGGCACUCCCUUGGAUGCUUUGUUUCAAAUGACCACCAAAGAUUUCGAUGAAGAACAAGACAAAUCCCACUUGGACAUCUUUGCGAAUCGGCCACAGCCCAAAAAGAAGCGCAAGUCACGCACUGCCUUUACCAAUCAUCAAAUCUUUGAAUUGGAAAAACGUUUUCUGUAUCAAAAGUACCUGUCGCCCGCCGAUCGUGAUGAAAUUGCUGCCUCUCUGGGGCUCUCCAAUGCCCAGGUGAUAACCUGGUUCCAAAAUCGACGAGCCAAGCAAAAGCGUGAUAUUGAGGAAUUGAAAAAGGAUUUUGAAAGUGUUAAGGUAUUCUCGGGUCAUAAAUCGUUUCUGGAAAAUGUCAAUGAUUUGAGUAUACUGAAAAAGAAGCCUCUGCAUCCCGAUGCCGCUGUUAUGGAGAGUUUAGCGGCUGCAGCAGCGGCUGGUAUGAUGCCCUCAAUGACAGGACACCCAGCUAACUCCUCUAUGCAAACAUUAUCGCCUCAGAAAUGA